AGUUUCAUGAGCAGUGUUCGUGAGUAAAGAACUCGGUUACUUGAGUUGAUAAAAAAAAAAUUAUUUAGUUAUACGAUGUAUUAAUAUACACCUAUAUUUAUUUCAAUAUUUAAUCAUUCAAUCAUUACUAAUUGAUUGAAUUUUUCUAUAAUUAUAAAUUCAAGUUAUUCAACAUAGUGGAUUUGUAACGAAUCAUUUAUUAUUUAAAUUUUUGUGUGAUAGAUAAAAGCAUUUUGUUGUUCGUUUCAUUUUAACUUUUUUUUUUUAUCGACAAAUUAUUUAUUUGUCACGAGAUACCUCAACUACAUAUAUACAUAUACAUAUAUAUAACUAGUACGCCUUACACAUCAAUAAUAAAUGAUCUAUUAGUAAAAAAUAAAAAAUUUAAAAAUAUACAUAAAGACAAUUGUGGGAAUAAUUUUUUUAUCAAGUGCCAGUGAUAAAUAAUCACUGCGUAAAUUUUAUUUGGAUUUAAAUUGAAUGGUUUGUAUCCUGUAAUCACAUCAUGCCUCUGUUUGGAAAAUCGCAAAAAAGUCCGGCUGAGGUUGUAAAAGCAUUAAAGGAAGCUGUUAAUGCACUUGAACGUGGUGAUAAGAAGGUCGAAAAGGCUCAAGAAGAUGUAAGCAAAAAUCUUGUACACAUAAAAAACAUGCUUUAUGGUACUGCUGAAACAGAACCACAAGCUGAUAUUGUUGUGGCACAACUUGCACAAGAACUGUAUAAUAGUAAUUUAUUACUAUUACUUGUACAAAAUUUAAGUCGCAUUGAUUUUGAGGGUAAAAAAGAUGUUGCUCAAGUUUUCAAUAAUAUUUUACGAAGACAGAUUGGCACCAGAUCACCAACAGUAGAAUACAUUUGUACAAAACCUGAGAUAUUGUUUACACUUAUGUCUGGAUAUGAGCAUCAAGACAUAGCAUUAAACUGUGGAACAAUGUUAAGAGAAUGUGCAAGAUAUGAAGCACUGGCUAAAAUAAUGAUUUAUUCCGAUGAUUUUUACAAUUUUUUUAGAUAUGUCGAAGUAUCUACAUUCGAUAUUGCAUCAGAUGCCUUUUCUACUUUUAAGGAAUUGUUAACGAGGCACAAAAUAUUAAGUGCUGAAUUUUUAGAAGCCAAUUAUGACAAAGUUUUUUCACAUUAUCAGAGGCUAUUGAAUUCCGAAAAUUACGUAACUCGUCGACAGAGUUUGAAAUUACUUGGAGAAUUAUUAUUGGACAGACACAAUUUUACUGUCAUGACUCAAUAUAUAUCGAAUCCAGAUAAUUUAAAGCUCAUGAUGAACAUGUUGAAAGAAAAAUCACGCAAUAUACAAUUUGAGGCCUUCCAUGUAUUCAAGGUAUUUGUUGCUAAUCCAAAUAAACCGAAGCCAAUAUUGGAUAUUUUACUACGUAAUCAAGAGAAAUUAAUUGAAUUUUUAACGCGCUUCCACACCGAUCGAUCCGAGGAUGAACAAUUUAAUGACGAAAAAGCAUAUUUGAUUAAGCAGAUUAAAGAGUUAAAGUCUGUACAUGAAAAUUAAUACAUUUCAUUUAUUUGUUCUUAUUAAAUAUUAUUAAUUUUA